AUGCUCGACGUCUACGAACGCACUAGUCCGAAGCCAAACAUUUCCGAUAUGAAUUUAAUAAAUAAUGAAUAUGGUAUCAUGCUAGCUUUUGUUAGGGCAUGCGCUAUGAAAGGUACCGAACUUAUGAUCUCAGAUAUAGGAAAGGAACCGCCCCAAAACAGUUCUUGGUACGUUCUUGUCGCAAAAGCCCACAUGGGUAAAACUCCAGUGGAAACGAAAAAAAGAUCGCACGUGGAUUACGCAUUUGGCUGGAACAUCUACACCAUGAGAGUCAUGGGACUUUGGCCGGAGGAGAAGAUGAUCAAUCCAACGGAAAACCUAAAAGUGUUGACCGCGGUAUUUUUCAUAUUUUCCUUCGGAAGUUUACCACAGACGGUAAAUCUUUUCUUCGUCUGGGGUGACUUCGAUCUGGUCGUGGAAAAUUUGGCUAUGGACAACGUGUUCUGUACUAUAACUAUUAUGAAGGCUAUUGUUUUUUGGCUUAAUGGGAAAACCCUGAAAGGACUGUUAAAUUCCAUGGAGGAGGAUCGGAAAGAAGCUACGAGAGAAGAGGACGUCAAGAGAAUGAUGAUGGCAGCUCGUAACUCAAGAAAAAUAUCCAUAAUGGUCAACAUUAUAAGUCACAGUAUCUUCGUCAUUUACAUAAUAAUGCAUUUGGCAACAAAUUAUCCAAACGUCCGUGGACUCUACUACCAAUCCUAUUUUCCAUGGGAAACGAAACCCAGUCCAAAUUACGAGCUAAUUUUCUUAGGACAGAUGAUGUCUGCCUACUACUCUACUCUUACUUCUACCUUGGUCGACACAUUCGUCGCGGCUCUGUUGUUACACGUUUGCGGACAGUUAACUAAUCUGAAGCACGAGCUAAUUAAUUUUCAAAGCGAAACGAAAAAAGAAUUUCAUCGAAAGCUAGGACGCAUCGUGAAGAAACAUGAUUAUCUUAACGAAUUCACAGAAACGGUGGAAAAUUGCUUCAACAUGAUGUUACUAAUCCAGAUGUUUGGAUGUACCGUAACACUCUGCUUGGAAAGCUUUCAAUCUCUCGAGUCUCUAGCAGGUGAAAAGGAUAAAUACUUUCUACUGGAAAUCGGAUGCACCGUAUUUUACGUCUGUUAUAUCCUAAUUCAACUUUAUCUUUAUUGUUACGUAGGCGAGAAACUUCUUUCAGAGAGUACAGGAAUCGCGGACGCCGCCUACGAAUGCGAAUGGUUUAACCUGUCACCGAACGAAGCAAAAUGUCUCAUACUGAUCAUGCGUCGUGCGAGAUCGCCCUUGCGCAUUACGGCUGGAAAAUUCUGUUCCUUCAAUCACGAGCUUUUCAGCGAAGUCCUUAAAACAUCCAUGAGUUAUUUAUCCGUUCUCUACGCAGUGAAGAGCGAAGAAUGAGAAUAAACAUAGUAAUAACUGUAAUAUAGGAUUAACGAAAUAUUAUUAUUGUAAAGUCUAGUAAUAUUUUUCGAAUAAUAACUAGGCAA